CUUCCAACAUCUAUCAUAUCAAUGAAAGAAAAAUGGUGGCUGAAAGUUUAUGAAGUGGAAAUGAUAUUUAGAAUUAGUGUUUAUUACUUGUAAUGUUUAGUUGAAAAUACAAAAAAUGUCCACUCCUGUUUCAAAUCGUAAAUAUGGAGCACAGAAAAUAAGACUUACAAUUCUGUGUGCGAGGAAUUUGGUACGAAGAGAUCUGUUUCGAUUGCCGGAUCCUUUUGCCAAAAUAUCGGUGGAUGGUAGUGGACAAGUAUAUUCAACAAAUGCGGUCAAAGCAACUUUGGACCCAAAGUGGAACACUCACUAUGACCUUUACCUUACAAAAGGAGAUGGGAUCACAAUCAGUGUUUGGAAUCAAAGAAAAGUUCAUAAAAGACAAGGAUCAGGCUUUUUAGGAUGUGUCCGAAUCCAGCCUUCUACAGUCCACAAACUAAAAGACACUGGUUACCAAUGUCUAGAGCUUUGUGAGGAUGGUUCUGGCGAGACAUGUGGUGUCCGAGGUCAAGUGAUUGUGUCCCUGUUGUCCCGGGACGGCGCGCGCGGUGAGCCGGCGUCGGCGGCGGGGGAGGGCUCUCCGCUAGCUGUGGUGGGCCCCGCCGGCGACGUGAGAGCCCCGAGAGACCCCCCCGUCAGUCCCACACUAUCACAGCAACCUCUGCCCCCACACUGGGAAGAGCGAUUCACAUCUAGUGGCAGGCCAUAUUACGUGAACCACGCAUUGCGGCGUACGCAGUGGGAGCGGCCAGCGGGCGAUGUGGCGACGCCCUCGUCCCCCGCGCCAGCGUCCCCCGUAUCACCGCCGUCCCCCGCCUCCCCCGCGUCCCCAGCCGCACCCAACUCCCCGGCAUCCCCUAUGUCCCCCGCCUGUCCCGCUUCCCCGUCAUCCCCUUCAUCCCCGCUCUCCGAUGCUGAAGUGAAUCACGCGCAGACUAUAUCUUUGAGACCGGAGCCGCAGCCACAAACAGCGGUGCGUGGUCGCGGGCCGCCGCCGCCCGCCAGCCCGCCUGCCUCCACGCCCGCCACACCCAUAGCCGCCACCGACCUACCGCCUGGAUACGAGAUGCGGACGACGGGCCAGGGGCAGGUGUACUUCUACAACAGCGUGACGGGCGCGUCGACGUGGCACGACCCGCGCGUGCCGGCGCACCUGCGGCACUGCGCCGCGCCGGCCGGCGCGCUGCCGCCGGGCUGGGAGCUGCGCCACGCGCCCUCGGGCCGCGUCUACUUCGUCGACCACAACAACCGCACCACGCAGUUCACCGACCCUCGCCUCGCGCUCUCCGCCCGGCUCCUUACGCCGGGCGAUCCGACGCCGUCGACGCCGACACAGCCGUCGUUACCCGCGGCCGCGCCCGCCAGCGAGCCCGCGGACUCGGACGCACUGCCCAAGUACAAGCGCGACCUCGCGGCUAAAGCGAGGGUCUUGAGGGCAGAGCUCCAAGCCUUGCAGCCGCAGACCGGACAUUGUAGGAUUGAGGUAUCACGCAACGAAGUGCUCGAAGAAUCUUAUCGUUUAGUGAUGAAGCUACGCGGCAAGGAACUGCGCAAGCGGUUGUUGGUGAAAUUCCGCGGCGAGGAAGGCUUGGACUACGGCGGCGUGGCGCGCGAGUGGCUGCACUUGCUAGGCAGAGAGCUGUUCAACCCACACUACGGAUUGUUCCAAUACGCCAAUGCUGGAGACGAUCGGUACGCCCUGCAAAUCAAUGCUGACUCCGGAGUGAACCCAGAGCACCUGUCGUACUUUCACUUCGCGGGCCGCAUAUUGGGCGUGGCGUUGUUCCACGGGCACCAACUGGACGCCGCCUUCACCGCGCCCUUCUACAAGCAGCUGCUCGGCCGGCCCAUCACGCUGCGAGACAUCCGCGACGUAGACCCCGAGCUGCAUCGCUCGCUCUCCUGGAUGCUGGACAACAGCAUCGCCGGCGUGAUAGACACCACGUUCUCGGUGGAGUGUUCGUCGUUCGGCGCGGUGCGCAGCGUGGAGCUGCGGCCGGGCGGCGGCGCGGAGCCCGUGACGGACGCCAACAAGCGCGAGUACGUGCGGCUGUACGUGGCGCACCGCUUCACGCGCGGCGCCGAGCGGCAGUGGCUGGCGCUGCAGCGCGGGCUGGGCGACGUGGUGCCGCCCGCGCUGCUGCGGCCGCUGGCGCCGCGCGACCUGCAGCCUCUGCUGGCCGGCCGCGCCGACCUCGACGCCGCCGACUGGCGCCGCCACACGCGCCUCAAGCACGUCGGCCCCGACGCGCCCAUCGUCGGCUGGUUCUGGGAGAUCGUCGAACAGUUCGACCAAGAGAUGCGAGCGAGACUCCUCCAGUUCGUUACCGGCUCCCGGAGGGUCCCGCUGGCGGGGUUCCGCGCGCUGCAGGGCUCGACCGGCGCGGCGGCCCCGCGGCUCUUCACGCUGCACCUCGUCGCGGACGCCUCGCCCGACUCCCUGCCGAAGGCGCACACCUGCUUCAAUCGACUCGACUUACCCCCUUACCCGAGUAAGGAGAAAUUGCAUGACAAACUGAAACAGGCCGUCCUCGAGACGGCCGGGUUUGCCGUCGAAUGAUUCAUUGAUACGACGAAAUUGAUGAUAUUUGUCUCCCCGAUGUAUAAGGGUCUAGUUUUAAAUGAUCGCAAUAGAUAACGACUCUAAGAGACUAUGUAUGUGAUACUGAUCGAUGUUUGAGUUUUUGGAGAGUUCUAUGUUAGGAUAUGUAAUUCGAGGUGUGAUUUAUAACCACAUAUGUGUUCAGGUUCAGUAUCGGAUGCAGUCUCAAGGAUUGCGAUCGCGUUUUGAGGAAACUACGCUUGUAAAUAUUGCUAAACUCUAAUAGUCAUUUGUUUGAGUACUGACCAACAACGGCAACUAGUCUUGAGCUGCUAAUAUGAGACUGACAAAUAAAUGUUUGGAAAACAAGAUACAUGACAAAAUUGAUAUUUUUGCCUGCUGGGACUAUGAUUAGGAAAAUAUAUUACUAAAUUUACAAUUUUAUAGACUGUGACCUGUGAAUAACUAAUAUUAUGACAGAUUGACAUGUUGAAUUACAGGACGGGUGCAGUCGGUACUCUUCAUAUUUUACCAUUAGCUACAGCUUAUUAUUGUAGUGUGUAUUGCCUGUGAUGACAACUUUGGGUGACGGUUGCACAGUAAAUAUACCACAUUUUAAUUUGCGAAUUCGCUUACCUAGCUAUUGAUUCUGUCGUACGUAUAUUAUGCUCAAUACUGCAUACAUUUCAUAAUUUAGUCUUAAUUAACGUUUAAGUUAUAAAGCUACUCUUUAUAUUCCAGUGAAUGUAAUAUUAUAUACUGGGCUUCCGUAACAGCAGAUAUUAUACCUGGCACAGAAGCAAUAUAACGAAUUUAGUAAUCCUUUUUUAAAUAUAACAUAUUUUAUCAAUUCUUUUCUUGGCGUAUACAAACAAUGAAUUGUCUCGAUUAUUUUUGUAGUAUAUUUGUAUAUAACUUAAUCAUGUUCAGUACAAAGCACAAAAAGUAAUUGAUUUUGUUUUAGAUUUAUUUACAUUUGAAUGUUAUGAGGCAGUUGCUCACGCUCUUGGUGCCUUAUUAAUUGAUCAAUCGAUAUGUAAAUAAGUUAUAAUUGUGACUAGAUAAGCUAUGUGUUCAGUUUUAUUAUUUAUAUCUGAAUAUUCCACUAUAUUAUUCGACAUUUACUUUUAAGAUUAAUUAUUAUUCAUCACGAAUGUUUGUAAAAUGUAUAUAUUUUGAGACGGCCUAUUUUAGGAUCCGUGUUUAUUAACAAGAAUGAGUGCCUUUUACCUGUUAGAGAAAAAUGUAGCUAUAAUUUUGAAGUUGUACGACUGUUAGUGAUAUGAAAUGAUUUAAUAGUGAUAAUGAACUGUAUUUAAAAAUAUAUUAUUAUAAUAUUUUUGCACAAUA